AUGGACGGGGAUCCCAUGGGAUUUGGAUACCCGUGGAACCAGAAUGUUGACGACUUAAGAGUUCCUUAUGGUGAUGAGAGACUACUGCUGGGUGAGAGCCACCAUAUGCAUUGGGGACUCGACGGGCAGGACGAUGAUCUGGGCUUUCAGUGGAAUGAGCCUUCUCUGCCUGCUGCAAGGCCUGCAAAGAAAAUGAGAAGCCACUAUCCCAGUGCGGCCGAAACUGCAGGUUUGAUUAACGAGUCUCUUCCCAUAGGCCUUGAUAAUAUUCCAACACCGUCACGUCAUAUCACAAACCCCGCACUGACGGUCUUGGAUGACCCUACUCCCUCGCCGACAGCUAAUGCAGCAUUGCUGCCCCAGAUAUUAGAGAUAUUUCCUGACAUUAGCCACCAGUAUGUAGAAGAGUUAAUAGCUCGACACAAGGAUACGAUGUCGGCCAGCGGCGGUGAUACACCUUUUAUCAAUUUCGGAUUGUUCCUGGUCAAAGAGACAAUUAUCGAGGAGAUUCUGGAGAAUGCAUCUUAUCCAAAGCAGGAGAAGCUUAAAAGGAAGACCGAAGAAGAGGAGGAUGAUAACCAUUGGACGGUACCCAGGGCACUUCAUGAUGCUUGUGAAUAUCGUAAACAAGCAUGCGACAUUCUGGCACAGGAAUUUCUGUGGAUCUCUAUUCCACAUAUCCGACAAUUCGUUUCCAGCAAGAAAGGGCUGUAUUCGGCUUACAUAGCACUUUAUAAGGAGUAUAUUCAUCCUGGGACCCAAUCAUCACACCUCAGAUUGAAGCGACCAAGGCCACUCGUGAAGUCAAGUAAGACGUGGGACCAAGACUUGAUAUCGGAACUAAAUGCUGCGAAAAGGAGGAUUGCGAAGGAUGUUGCUGCUCACCGAAAGCGAAAAGAAGAGGAGGAGGCGGACAAACUCAAUGAAGAGGAACACUUACGAUCAGGCAACCUUGUGGAGUGCCAGUGCUGCUAUUCUGAUGCCCCCUCAAAUAGAACGAUUCCUUGUGAAGGUGCAACUGUCCACUUUUUCUGCUUCGGAUGCAUCCGAAAAACCGCAGAGACACAGAUCGGAAUGAUGAAAUACAAGUUGCAGUGCCUUGACAUGAGUGAAUGUAAUGCCAAGUUUGCCCGUGGGAACUUGAAGAACGCGUUGGGCUCCUCAUUGAUGGGGAAGCUAGACCACCUUCAGCAGCAAGACGAAGUUGAGCAAGCCGGCUUAGAGGGACUCGAAAGCUGUCCGUUCUGUGACUUCAAAGGAAUCUGCCCCCCGAUAGAAGAAGACCGAGAAUUUCGGUGCUGCAAUCCCUCUUGUGAAACGAUUAGCUGCCGUUUGUGCAAAGACAAAAGCCACAUACCAAAGACUUGCGAUGAGGCAAGGGCAGAGAAGGGACUUCCUGCACGCCACAUAGUUGAAGAGGCAAUGAGCGAGGCCCUAAUACGUAACUGUCCCAAAUGCCAUGUUAAAAUCAUCAAAGAUAUGGGAUGUAACAAAAUGAUCUGCAGCAAAUGCUUGUGUGUGAUGUGCUAUCUAUGCAAGAAGGACAUUUCACGUGAACAGUACAACCAUUUUGGCAAGCCUCCCACUUACUGUGAUACCCACGAUGAUCGUAAGCCGAAGCGCUUUGAGGUUGAAGUUGAGCAGGCCCAGAAGACAGCCAUUGACAAGAUCUUGAGGGAUAAUCCCGACUUGAUGGAGAGAGAUCUUCGAGUGGAUCCUGAUAGGAAGGAUACCAAAACCCAUACAAAGCCAAAACUCCGACGCACUCAACCUGGACCUUGGCCUCCGGGGCGGCACACACAAGAGCCUUUGCCUGGCCAAAAUCAAGAUAUUCUACCGCAGCUAGGCUAUCCAAGAAUGCAAGUUCCGAGAGCAGCACUCCCUAACCCCCCGCAGUUCGUUCCAUUUGAACCAGAUAUCCUCAUGCCGGGGUUGCGCUAUGCUGGCCUUCAACGUCCACUACCUGCAUUCGAGCCUCAGUUGAAUCCACAUACUGCUACAACAAUGCCCCAAGGCUCUCCCAAUACCCCUCAAGGCCUCAAUGGCUUUGUUCCACCUCCACAGCAAGACUUCCUUCCAGACCCAUUUACUUUACCGACGAAUACAGAUAAUGCCAAGGCUACAGGCAACCUACCAUUGCAGCCGCAGUUUCCUGCACUAGACAACUACGGUAUUGGUACUAUGCCUGGUCAAAACGCGAACUUACCCUUAUGGCUGGAUGGCCCAUUGUACAACUUCUGA